UCCACAUCGUACCUCCACCGGAUUUAUCAUUUUCAAAUUGCAUAUCAAAAGCCUAAUAAAUAAACGCACCGAUAGAUCCGUUCGUUGAUGUAGGAAAAUGAAACAGCAGCAAACAUUGUUUCAUUUAAUAGUAUCGAUACGCUUAUAGAUUAAAUGAUGAUCAAUUCGACGGAUUCAUUUAUUGACUUAUCAAUCGACUGAUUGCGAUAAAUGAUUAAAACUCUAUGAGAUUGAAGCCGGAGAGGAUUUUUUUCUAUACCGUGUGUCGUCGAUGCUCGUCGAUGGUUGAUACACACGGCCUACGAAUUUUAACUUAACCCCGUAACGGUCGUAAGCUGCGAUGUGGCAUCUGGCGCUUUAGCAUAUUGCCGUUUGGAAUCGAUGCUCGUCGCGUGAUCGCGACCCGUAACAGUAAAACUCGAUGGACAUGUGUGCGCGGAUAAAAGAAAAAUGAGAGUGCCGUUGUUACUUAUCAUCGGGGUUUUCUACACCCUCGACGUGAGCGGAGUAAACGCAUGGGACAAUGACGAAUUGGAAGUGUUCGACGUCGUCGAGGAAGUAAAUCAGAACUUCUACGAGGUCCUCGGUGUAUCGCAGGCUGCGAAUGCCUCGGAGAUUAAGAAAGCGUUCAGGCGAUUGUCCCUGCUGUUACAUCCGGACAAAAAUCCUGCAGAGGAUGCCGAGCAACAGUUCAGGAAAUUGGUCGCCGUUUACGAUGUAUUAAAAGAUCAAAAUAAAAGACAGAGAUACGACAAUGUGCUCGUCAACGGGCUGCCGAACUGGCGCUCGGCUGUAUAUUAUUACCGCCACGUGCGGAAAAUGGGGCUCUUAGAAUUAGGAAUAAUUUUAUUUUUACUCAUCACCGUCGGACAGUACGUGAUAGCAUGGGCGGCAUACUUCGAAAAAAGAUAUACAUACGAACAAGUUUUGGGUAGUAGGCUUCAGAAAAUGCAGAAGAAAAAGAAAGGGAAGAUGGAUGUACCGGACCUGGCAGAUAUCUUGGAAAAAAUUCCUACGCCGUCCAUUUGGAACACUCUUCCGUUUCAAUUUCCAAGAUGGGUAAUAUCGUUUACAUUGUCGAUACCAGAAGUUAUUCGAUUGAUACACGGCGCGUUCGAGGAGAGAAAACGUAGGAAGAAGCAGGAGGAGGAAGAGGCAUUAGCGCAAGAGAACGAGCAACCGGAACCGGAACCAGUUGUACCUACUCGCGUGAGAAGACGGAGGACCGGGUUCACUCCGCAAGAGAGAAGCGGGAACGGAGUGAAGGAAUCGUCUAAAAAAGAUCAAACGAAUCACGUCGAUCAGAAAUCUCCCGUCUCGGGUGGUGGUUUGUGGACCGAUGACGAUAUUUUAGAGUUAAUAAAACUAGUGAAGAAGUACCCUAGCGGUACGAGCGAGAGAUGGGAGAAAAUUGCAGACGCGAUGAAUCGCACGGUGAUGGAAGUUACGCAUAUGGCGAAGAAGAUAAAAGAUGAAGGCUUGAAGCCUGGUACUACUGAACAGACCGUGGUCGAAGAACGUCCAAAGAAGACUAAGACGAGGGCGGAGAACGUGGAUAACAUUACCGAGUGGAGCCAGGAGCAGCAAAGAGCUUUGGAAGCCGCGCUUAUAAAGUAUCCUAAGGGUACGUCGGUGGAUAGGUGGGAGAAAAUAGCGAAUUGCGUUGAGGGAAAGAACAAGGAUGAAUGCCAGGCGAGGUACAGACAAUUGGUGGAGAUAGUGAAAAAGAAACAGCACACUCAAUAGCCUGCCAAGUACAAGAUGUUCCUCUGUACAGUCCGAUGUGAGCAAGUCCAAAAGGAGAUAGAUGCAUAAUAUCAUGGCUGUUGUACAACGUUUACAAAGUGAACUAACAAAUUUUUCUUAAAGGUACUCUUAUACAAAGAUUACGUACGAACGAGUUGAGAGAGAGAGAGACAGAAAGAGAGAGAGAGAGUGAGAAAAGUAAACUUUAUACACACGAGAAAGAAUUACUCCUACAUCAUUUUAUUAUUAAAUGUUCGUGGAGGAUGUAUUUAUUUAAUAAAUUUAAUAAUUAACCCAGAGAACAAGA